AGAACUGCUCUGAGAUGUUUGGAGCUCCUCCAAACAUCAGUGACUCUCACACCGGCAUAGAUUGACUAACCACACUGAGACUUUCUACACAAAUCAGGGACCGAGUUUCAAAGCUCUAACAGGUCGGAGUACCUUUGGCCUUCAUCAGGAGCGGCCCGGAAACUCCGAGGAGCUGAGGCUGCAGACUGAUAAGGAAACAAAAAGCUCUUGAGGCAAAGAUGGACUCCAAGAAAAAUGGCAACACACAAGUCCAGGGACCUGUGGGGGGCAUCUUUUUGGAGAAAACAAAGGAGAAGAUAACCAUAUAUCAAGCCAUGAAGAAACGUCUGCUUAAGCCAGGAACAGCAUUAGCCCUGCUGGAAGCACAAGCAGCCACAGUAGGUAUCGUAGACCCAAUAAACAACAGAAUACUUCCUGUUGUAGAUGCUGUUAAGGAGGGAAUAGUUGGACCGGAGAUGAAAGAAAAGCUCCUCAUAGCAGAGAAAGCUGUCAGUGGCUAUGUAGACCCCUACACUAACCAAAUGAUAUCUGUAUUCCAAGCUAUUCGAAAAGAUUUAGUCCCAAUAGAAUAUGGAUUGAGGCUGCUGGAAGCACAGAUUGCCACAAACAGCCUGGUUGAUCCUGUCGAGAAGUCAACUAUUUCAGUUGAAUCAGCAAUUCAAAAGGGCUACUAUGAAAAAGGUUUGCUCAAUGACCAGAUGUCUGAGCUCAAAGUAUUCUACAAUCCAAGCUCACAAGAAAAUCUAAACUACCAAAACCUCCUAGAAAAAUGCACCGUGGAGCCUGACACAGGCCUGGUGCUCCUUCCUGUUAGCAUCACUUUUAAAGGUCUGCGGAGAGGUAUUUCCUCCACUGAACUUUUUGAGUCAAAGAUCAUUGACAAACAAACAUUUGAUGACCUACAGAAGGGAAAGACUAACACACAGGAUGUGAUGUUGAUGGAAACAGUGAAAGAAUACCUGGAAGGCAAAGGCAGUAUCGCAGGCAUUGUUGUACUCUCUUCUAAUCAGAGAAUGAGCAUUUAUGAAGCCAUGAAGAAAGGUAUACUGAUGCCUGGAACAGCACUUGUUCUACUGGAGGCACAAGCUGCAACUGGAUUCGUGAUUGAUCCUGUAAAAAAUAAAAAGUACACUGUGGAUGAGGCCAUCAAAAACAACGUUUUUGGCCCAGAAUAUCAUGCAAAGCUGCGUUCUGCUGAGCGAGCAGUUACUGGCUACAAAGACCCAUAUUCAGGUGGAACUUUAUCCCUGUUUCAAGCCAUGUCAAAAGACCUCAUGGUUAAGGAACAUGGGAUCCGCCUUCUUGAGGCGCAAAUUGCUACAGGUGGAAUAAUAGAUCCCAUCAACAGUCACAGACUACCAACAGAAAUGGCCUUCAAAAGAGGUUAUUUUGAUGAAAGAAUGAACGCCAUACUAGAGGAUUCAGGGGAUGACACAAAAGGUUUCUUUGACCCAAACACAAAAGAUAAUCUAACUUAUCUUCAGCUGAUGCAAAGGUGUGUCACUGAUCCAAUAACUGGACUGUGUCUCCUCCCUCUCCUCUCCAAGUCAGACUGCCUGAAUUUGACCUUUAUUGACUACCAAACUAAAAUGACUUUCAAAGAGGAGAAGGUCAACGUGACAUACGGGAAGUACAUGGGAAUGACAGUAUCUCUGUGGGAACUCCUCAUGUCAGAAUACUUUGAUGAACACCAGAGGCGAGACAUCACUCAAAAGUUUAGAGAGGGGAAGCUCAAUAUCAAGAUGGUUACCACAACAAUUCUGGAAGUCAUUGAAAAGUCUGUGAAAACAACAAACUGCGUCUUUAAAGGCAUCAGAGAAACUGUUACAGCCAAACAGCUUGUGGACGCAGAUAUCAUUAGUAAAGAGGUUAUGGAGGAUCUGAAAAAGGGAAAAACGUCAGUGAAGGAAGUGAUGGCAGAUGGAAGUGUAAAUGUCUACCUACAGGGGAAAGACAGCAUUGCAGGCAUUUUGCUUCCUGAUUCUCAAAUCAUGAGCAUUUACCAGGCCAAACAAAAAGGGAAGUUGAUGCCAGGAACUGCUCUGAUUCUACUGGAGGCACAAGCAGCAACCGGGUUCAUCAUUGACCCAAUCGGAAACAGAAAGUUUUCAGUGGAUGAUGCAGUCAAAGCAAAGGUUGUGGGGCCUGAUGUGUGUCAAAAGUUGCGCUCAGCAGAGAAAGCGGUCACUGGAUACAAAAAUCCAUAUGAUGGCCAAAUAAUCUCAUUGUUCCAAGCCAUGCAAAAUGAUCUCAUCGUCAAAGACCAUGGAAUUCGACUCUUGGAAGCACAAAUUGCCACUGGUGGGAUCAUUGACCCAGUGAACAGCCAUCGCAUUCCUGUCCAUGUGGCCUAUAAGAAGGGAUACUUCAAUGAGGAAAUUAACGAGAUACUGGCUGACCCAAGUGACGACACCAAAGGAUUCUUUGACCCCAACACCCAUGAGAACCUGACAUACUUGCAGCUCAUGGCGAGAUGUGUUAGAGAUCCUAGUACAGGUCUUUUUCUCUUGCCACUCAAAAGCAAAAGCAACAGAAUUAACAUAGAUGAAAAUUUGAAGGAGACGUUCAAAGCAACAAUAGUUACUGUUAAAUAUGGAAGGUUCAAAGACAAACACACAACACUUUGGGAACUUAUCAAUUCAGAGUAUUUGACAGAGGACAAAAGACGGGAGCUUUUCAAGCUCUUCAAAUCAAGGAAAAUCACAAUCGAGCAACUGACUGUCACCAUUUUAGAGAUCAUUGAGAGUAAGGAGAUAAAACAGCAAGCAGGGCUGAACUUUACGAGUCUCAGAGGAGAGGUCUCUGUGGUGGAUCUUUUGCAACUUGAAAUAGUGAAUGAAACAACUUACAACAGUUUGAUUGAUGGAACGAUAAAAAGCACUGAUGUGAUGAACAUGGAAAGUGUGAGAGAUUACCUACAUGGGAAAAGUUGUGUAGCUGGAGUGAUACUGCAACCCUCCAAUAAAAAGCUGAGCGUCUAUGAGGCACAGAGAAUCGGCAUUCUCACACCUGGCACUGCCCUCUGCCUACUUGAAGCACAAGCGGCCACAGGGUUUAUUGUUGAUCCUUUGCAAAACAAGAAACUCACAGUAAAACAAGCUAUCAGAGAAAAGUUGAUUGGUCCACAGAUGCAUGAAAAGCUGUUGUCUGCAGAGAGGGCGGUCACUGGAUACACAGAUCCAUACACUGGUCAAAAGAUCUCUCUUUUCCAAGCUUUACAAAAGGAUCUGAUUGUCAAGCAGCAUGGCCUCCGUUUACUUGAGGCCCAGAUUGCUACAGGUGGUAUCAUUGAUCCUUUGAAGUGUCUUCACUUACCUCUUGAGGUUGCAUACAGGAAAGGGUAUUUUGAUGCAGAACUUAAUAAGGCCCUAACAGAUCCGACUGAUGACACAAAAGGGUUUUUUGACCCAAAGACACAACGUAAUUUGACAUACAUGGAGAUGCUAGGUAGAUGUGUAAAAGAUAAGGAAACAGGACUGUUUCUCCUGCCACUGACUGACAAGCCAAAAGCUACUGAGACAAAGGUAAAAAUGUACACGGACACAGAGAUAAAGCAAGAGCUUCAAAAGACAACAAUGACCGUAUCAGUAGGACACUACUCAGGAAAAUCUGUUUCUCUCUGGGACUUGAUUCACUCUGGGUACUUUACCGAGGAUCAGCAGCUUGAAUUCAUUGAGAAGUACAGAGCAAGAAAGAUUACCACAGAAACCAUAAUUACAUCAGUGAUUUCCACCAUUAAAAAACUGGAGAAGAGCAAAACUUCCACGAUGAUAAUGGGCCUGAGAAAACCGGUCUCUGCACAAAAGCUACUAGAUUCUGAUGUUAUUGAUGCAGACACAUUCAAACAGGUGAAUAAAGGAAAAUUCACGCUUGAAUCAGUUGUCCAACAUGAACCUGUGAGAGGAUACCUUAAGGGAACCGGAAGCAUUGCUGGAAUAAAAGUUCAUCCAUCUCAACAAGUAAUGAGCAUAUAUGAGGCAAAAAAGGAAGAUCUGUUGACACCUGGCAUUGCACUUCUACUGCUUGAGGCGCAGGCAGGAACAGGAUGGAUCAUUGAUCCUCUGAAAAACAAGAACUAUACUGUUGAUGAGGCAGCAAAAGAAAAAAUAAUUGGACCAGAUUUACAUGAGCAACUUCUCUCAGCUGAAAGAGCUGUCACUGGCUACAAAGAUCCAUACACUGAUGCAACAAUAUCACUGUUUGAAGCCAUGGAUAAACAGCUGAUUCAAAAAAGUGAUGGUAUACGUCUUCUUGAGGCGCAGAUGGCAACUGGAGGAAUCAUAGACCCAAAUCAAAGUCACAGACUACCUGUUCAUGUUGCUAUCAAAAAGGGAUAUCUGGAUGACGAAAUCAGCAAAACUCUGUUGAACCCAGAUGAUGACGCAAAGGGAUUUUUUGACCCAAACACUAAAGAGAAAAUCUCUUACCAUCAGCUGAUAAAGCAAUGCGAGAAAGAUCCUGAAACUGGGCUACUUCUUCUACCCCUGUACAAAGAGCAAUCCCAUGUAUUUCACACUGAUGAGCAAAUAGAGCUUACACUCAAAAACAAAGCUAUCAUCAUAAAUGCAGGGAGAUUUAAAGACAAAGAAGUGACAUUGUGGGAAGUGUUACUCUCUGAAUAUAUUUCGGAACAAAAAAGGGAGCAGCUCAUACAACAAUACAAGAAAGGAGCCACGAAAAUAGAGGAGCUCAUUGAAAUACUCACUGUUAUUGUUACAGAAGUUUCAUCCAAAGAAAGAAAGUUUAAAGGACUUCGAAAGCAAGUUUCAGCCAGUGAGUUGUUUGAGUCUAAGAUUAUCUCAAAAGAGCUUUUCACACAGAUAAUACAAGGGGAAAUAACCGAAGAUAAUGUUGACAAGAUGGAAUCGAUUCAAAAAUACCUCGGAGCUACAAACUGUAUAGCAGGUGUCAGAAUUGAAUCUACAAAGAAAGUGAUGAGCAUCUACGAGGCCAAGACAAAACGCCUGCUGACCCCUGGGACAUCUCUUAUACUGCUUGAGGCACAAGCUGCCACUGGUUUUGUCAUUGACCCAGUGAAAAACAAGAAACUCUCUGUAGAGGAAGCUGUGGCUCAAGGAGUGGUUGGCAGUGAGUGGAAAAAAAAACUGCUUUCAGCAGAAAGGGCAGUGACAGGAUACAUAGAUCACUACACUGGAAACACAAUUUCAUUGUUCCAAGCCUUGAAAAAAGAUCUUAUUGUGAAAGAUCAUGGAAUUCGUCUCCUUGAAGCCCAAAUUGCCACUGGAGGCAUAAUUGACCCAGUGCACAGUCACAGAGUACCUGUACAGGUGGCAUACACAAGAGGUUACUUUGAUGAAGAAAUGAACCAGAUCCUGUCCGACCCUGAUGAUGACACCAAGGGCUUCUUUGAUCCCAACACUCAAGAGAACAUCACAUAUCUUCAGCUGGUUGAGAGGUGUGUCACAGAUCCCAUUACAGGCCUCAGUUUACUAUCAUUGAAAAAGUGAAUGAAACCAAAGCUUUCUUCAUGCAUUUCAUUUUCUGUUGUGCUUGCACUCUUAGAUUUUUACUCAACAGAAUUCAGGAUGUUGAAACACGAGAGAAAAAUACACGCAUACUGUUGUUCUCCAACUACUGUUACUUGUAAUGCUUCAGUUACAACUGCUUGUUGUGGAGUGUAGAUUAUUUGAACCAGCACCCACAAAACAAGUGACACUGACACAACUCCAUUUUGGAAUUUAGCCAUUCUUAACCCCCCUCAAAAUAAAUCAACUUUGAGAAAUGUUGAAUUUAGUGGCCGUAAAACUCUAUUAAACUGAUGAAAUCAUCUCUUUUCUCAAAACAUACAUACAGAUCUUACAUAGAUAAACACUUAAAAUAGAGCAUAUUGUUUUUAAAUCUUUGUUUUCUGCAUUCUUGGCUGUUACUGGGAAAUAACAUCGUAGAUUUGCAAUACUUUUUGGGGAUUUUGUAUUCUUCUGCACAGCACUUGGGUCUGGAUGUUUUAGAGUGCUUAAUAAAUAAAGUUGGAUUGGAUUUGUGGGAAUUAUGAAUUGUAGUAUCGUAUGUUGAUGUGGGUAGAUGGAGUUAAGCUUUGCCUAUAGAAGCUAGACUUAGUUAUGUUACCAUUUAGAACACUUAAUUACAAAUUAAGUUAUACUUUGCUUUCAUUUGAAGUCAGUCCUGCUCUUAUUGUAUUAUUGUAAAUUAUGUUUUGUUGAUACUAUUUCAUUAUAUGACCAACUAAACAAAUGAAAUACUAUAUAUAUUUUCUUUUAAAUAUUUUGUCAGAACAUCUUGACAUUUUUGGAAGUUGAUGUGUAUUGAAUAACACUUUCAAAUUAUUUCCUGAUUGAAGAGUCCUCACAUGUUGGACAACUCUUAAAUCACCCAUAAUCAUUUCUGUUCAACAACAAUAAAGCAAAUAAAAUGAAAAACAUUUGUUUUAUUUCAAACAAGA